CGAGUUCGCCCCGCCCCCGUCACUCCUCACUUCCGCUCCUGCGCGCUGUGGCUUUAGUGAACCGUGCUGUCUGCAGGACAUGGCUACUUCCCGCUUACCCCCAGCGACGCUAACGCUAAAGCAGUUCUUGAGAAGGCAACAAGUCCUCCUUCUCUACAGAAGGAUUUUACAAGCGAUUCGGCAAGUUCCAAAUGAUUCUGAUCGCAAAUACCUGAAGGACUGGGCAAGGGAAGAAUUCAAAAGAAACAAAAGUGCCACAGAGGAGGAUACAAUACGGAUGAUGAUCACACAAGGCAAUAUACAGCUCAAGGAGUUAGAAAAAACACUUGCUUUAGCGAAAUCGUAACUAUAGCAUUAUUCUGAAAGAUUUUCAGUCUCCGUGUGUUUUGUUCAGCUUAGGCCCAAUGAUGAGCAGCCCAAAGCCAAGUCAAACUGUUUGCAUGUACAGUUCUCAGGCAUAAUAUCAGAACAUGGAGCAUGGCAUGUCACAGAGAGCAAAAGAGAAGCACAUCAGAACUAUUGCCUUAGCACUGAAAAAACACACCCUGUGUUUUGAAAAUGUUUCUCGAUUUGUCAGCAGUUUUUGUGAGAAGCAAACAUCAGUAUAACAAAUGGUCAGUUAGCACAGAAAAAGAUAUUCAACACCAUUAUCCAUCAGGGAAGUGCAAAGCAAAACCACAAUAAGAUACUACAAAUCCACUAGAAUGUCUAUAAUUAAAAAGGGAGAUAACAAAUAUUAGUGAAGAUGUAGAGAAAUUGGAACCCUCAUACCUUGCUGGUGGGAAUAUAAAAUAGUCCAGCCAC